UACACCCCCUCCCUUCUAUUAACAGCCACAGCCCGCCGCCAUCAGUCGUCGUUCCUGCCCGACGCCGUCAACCCGAGCCUUAAUUAUUUUCACACGGCGCACGGCGUAGUCUCUUCCCCGUUCAGCGCCGCUUCCGCCGUCUUUAUCCAGGGCGAUGGAAGCCCGAUUCAAGCUAGUAACAGAUCUAAUCUGGGCUUAUUUGGCAAAGGCCCAAAUUUGUUUCAAAGAGUAUUUUGUUUCGGCCCGAUACGAAAUUUAGACAGCUCCGAGAUGCUUCUCUCUCUCUCUAACAUUUCUCUUCUUUGUCUCUCUCUGCACCUCCGCGUCUUUGAAUGAGAUUUUCCGAUCGGGUGAGUUAUUGUUUAGUUUCAAUCUCUUCUAUUGUUGUUCAUCAAGAAGACCAGUUUGGCGUAGCAUGGAAAAGCUUGUACGCAUUAUAGAAAGUGUAACGCAACACAUCAAUGCAUCAUCCAAUCUUCUCACCUAGAGAAGUGAUUCAUCGUCAUUAUGAAUCUCUGCGUACAUUCUAAAUACACUCUCUCUUAUAUUAAACAUCACAAAUCCAUAUGUAAAGGUUGAUCAGACUCAAUAUUGGUGUAUAUAGUACAACGGACAUUAUAUAUGCCUGUAAGGCCACAAGUUAUUUACACCUACAAAAGAAGGGGUACAAAGGGAAAUGAACAACUAACCGAAGAAGCAAAGGAAGAGAAUGUUGGAGAAAAAGGAUAGGGGGACCACAAGGCCGUUAUAAAGGACAACAGAGGUACAGGAGAAGAGCAGAGAAGAAUGUGGUGAAAGCUGUGUAGGCUUUUGAGAGGAGAGAAAUUCCCCAGCUCGCUCUAAGGUGCUGGGGAGUCCUUUUGUUUUCUUCUUUUAAGUUAGCAGCCGAGGAGGUUAGGGAAGAGUGUUGGUGUAUUUUGGGGAGUGUUUUUCUAGGGAGGUUGUUAAGUGUUCGAGAGAGACUUGAAGGAGAAGUUUAUAUAUAAAUAAAGAGCAUUCUGAUUGCCUUGUUCUUCAUUCCUCUAUUUUCUUUUUGUUUUCUUUCGUUUGGUUGGUUGUUUCUCAGUGCAGGGUAGCAAGAAGCUUACAAGUGGUAUCAGAGCCGCUUCAUCUUUGGGCGAACGCGUGCGAUGGCUUAGAAACAAAUAGAAGAAAGGAUGAAAAAAAACGAGAGGGGGGAAGUCUCUGAAAUGAAGGAAAUGUUGUUGGGGCUUUGCAAAAAUAUAGAGAAACUGAUAGAGGAAAUGAGGGAGAGUAAUGCUGCUCGGAAGGCUGAAGAGUCAGGCGCAUCUGAUGGUCGACGGAUGAAAAUGAAGGGGAAGGUUGAUGAGGCCGAUUCAACUCCCAGCAAUGGAGGAGGAGGAGCCAACAAGAGCAAGUACAAAAGGUUAGAAAUACCUAUUUUCGCAGGAGAAAACCCGGAAUCGUGGGUGUACAGGGCCGAACAUUACCUUGAAAUCCACGAGUUGUCCGAUCAAGAGAAGGUGAAGGUAGCGGUCAUUAGUUUUGGGCCGGAUGAAGUCGAUUGGUUCCGAUGGAGCCACAAUUGGAGACCCAUCAGUACUUGGGAGGAGCUGAAAAGAAGAAUGUUCGAGUAUUAUAGACCUACCGGAGAAGGGAGUUUAGGUGCGAGGUUGUUGAGGAUAAAGCAGGACAGUUCAUAUUCAGACUAUGUGAAGAAGUUCGUGACUUAUUCGACACCCCUACCCGAUUUGGUCGAAGAUGUUCUCAAGGAUGCUUUCAUAAAUGGGCUGGAACCAACAUUGAGGGCCGAGGUCAUUAGUAGAAAACCGAAUACAUUGGAGGAAGGUAUGCACAAAGCCUAGUUGGUGAGCAAUAGAAACAUGGCCCUGAAGUUGGCCUUAUCCGAUCUGGGGGUAGUUGGGCCUGGCAAAUAGGAAGCCCACAUGAAGGAGAGUCUGACGAUUGAAAGGAAGAGCGGGAAGAUCGUGGAAGCACAGGCGACCAAACGAAUCACAUUACUUAUGAAGAAUAACUUCAUAAAGAAGGAUCCACCCACGAAACGCCUCUCCGAUGGUGAGUUUCGAGAACGAUUGGACAAGGGACUCUACUUCAGGUGUAAUGAGAAAUAUGCACCGGGGCAUCGAUGUAAGACUAAGGAAAACCGCGAGUUGAUGCUAUUUAUCGCCAACGAAAGAGAAGAGGCAAUUGGAGAAGAGGAGGAAGGGGAAAAGUUAAGGGGAGAAGAAGAUCUUGAGACAGAAGAAACCGUAGAGAUAGCCUUGAGGUCAAUGUGCGGCCUAUCUGCCCGAGGUACGAUGAAGUUGAAAGGGAAGAUAAAGGGGAAAGAAGUAGUAGUGUUGAUUGACCGUGGAGCAACACAACUUCGUGCAUCAUAGAAUAGUGGAGGAGUUGGAGUUACUAAUGAAUAAGAAGAAUUUCUCAAUGGUGAUCGCAAUGGCGCGGCUAUACGAGGGGAAGGAGUAUGCAGAGCAACAGAAUUGAGGCUCCCCAACUUGAAUGUAAAGGCGGAUUUCUUAGCGAUCGAUUUGGGACAGAUGGAUGUGGUGUUAGGAAUGCCUUGAUUAUGCACAACUGGUUUUAUGGGGGUUCAUUGGCCAUCACUGACCAUGUCUUUCUUGGUAGGGGAAUCGCACGUCAUGUUGAAGGGUGAUCCGUCCUUGACCAAAGCAGAGGUUUCAUCUCAAUGUGCUAACAAAGUCAUGGGAGGAGGAAGACCAGGGAUUUCUGGUAGAAUUCCAGAACUAUGAAUUUGAUAGUGAGGGAGGAAACGAGGAGAAUGGCAU